AUGGCGGGCAAAGUCCAAGUCAACGGCACCACUUCCGGCUACGAACCCAACAUUCAGUCGCAGAUUACCGCGGCCAUGCUCCAGAACGGCGGCGUAAAGCGGAUACAGGACACGAUCCGGCAGAGACUGGACGAAGCAGGCUGGUCACAAAGCGUACGCGAGUACGUGACACGGAUGUACCGGAGCGGCGAGGCAACAACCUACGAUGAUGCGAGGACGAAAGUCUUGCAGCAGAUCAGGGGUGGAAGUGCUGCAGCGGAUGGACCUGAUCUUAGCCUUCCGCAGAUUGCGAAACAGGACGGAGCGGAGGCGGUAAGGAAGGAGCUGGAAAAGGUGUGCGUGAUGGGUGGUAGGUGA